GAAUUAAAAUUAUGACAAUGUGACAUUUGCAAAUACAUUACAUAAUAAAUAAAAUUUCCAAAUUUACAAGUGAAAAAAAUGGAGCGUAGAAAAGGCAAGGAUGCCGACAAAAGUGGAAAGAAAAUUUUAGAGAGAAAGGGCGCCGUUAUGUGCCGCUUUAUCACUCCAGGUCCUAAAUAUCAGCCUAAGACACUUGUCGGUUACAAGAAUCACUGUAUUUCAAAAUAUCGAAAUCCAGCGUAUACGUUCGGCCAUCGUCAACUAAUCUUUAAAGUAACAGAAAGCCCAGGACCGCAGUAUAUGAUCAAAGAACGCAGGCUUGAGGGAUUUACCUUCGGACAUGCCGUACAACGUCGCGAUAUCGUGUUCGGGCCUGGUCCGAAGUACAUGUUGCCGGAUGUUCGUCCCGGCCCUUUCUUCUCAAUCAAAUGGAGGACCAAAUUGAGAAAAACUAGCGAAACACCAGGACCUUACUAUAUCAAGCCUAUCAUUGAUGCGCCAGCGUUUUCCAUGGGACUGCGUACAACUGCGAAGAAACAUGUGACCAGCGCGGGUCCUUAUUCCUACAGUUUGGCUUUAGUAAAACCAAAAGCGCCGAUGUAUACUAUUGGUCGUAGGCCAACAUUUCAAUUGGUUUCUGAAGGUCCGGGCCCGAUAUACGCUAUCCCGCCAUUCAAACCAAGUCCUGCCUUUUCGUUUGGUGUAAAACAUAGCGAAUGUGCUCCACCUUAUAUCACCGAAUGCGAUGAACAAUGUUAACAAUGAAAAAGAAGAUCCGUUUAUAUUAAAUUAUCAUAUUCAUCAAUGUCUGUAUUGAGAUUAAUUGAUCGCUAAUAACUGCUAACAAAUUAAAUUAAAUCUUUCUAUUUUCCAUAUAGCAUUGAAGUUUCUAAUAACAUUUCAUAAAUAUUCAACAUUGCAAAUUACAAUGUAAUAUUGCAGAAAUGUUUCAGAGACAUACAAUCUUAAUAUUUCACUAAAAUGUUUAAACAAUGUUAUAAAAAUAUUAUAAAAUUCUAAACAUAAAAUAUAAACUUAUAUUAAAAACGU